AUGUCCAGAUGCAGAGAAUCUGCGACUCUACAGUCCAACACCACAUUGUCCGAAUCUGGUCCUGUGAGCCAGCCAGCGGGUCCUGACGAGCAUCAGGCACUGACUGCCUCUGGCGCUGAGGCUGAGGAUCUUCAGGUUCCUCCUGACGAGCAUCAGGCACCGACUGCCUCUGGCGCUGCGGUUCCUCUGGUUCCUACUGACGAGCGAAGGCUGCUGGCUCCUGUCACUCCAUCGCAACUCGCCGAACCCCCUUUGCCCUCCUCCCCUGCCUCAGUUACUGGCCUUUUCUCCUCGUUAAUCCGUCAGAACCGAGAUCAGCUGCCCCAGAAGCAGCAGCAGCAGCAGCAGCAGCAGUUACUGCAGCAGGAGCAGCAGGAGUUGGUACUUCAAGAGCCGCAUGUGGAGGGCUCUUGGCGGCGGUCCGUGAAGCGAAAGGUGGAGAGCGUGGAUGGGGACGGCGAGGGGGAGGGUUUCAGAGGGAACGACUACUGGCGCUGGCGCACAGUGCAAGGCGGUGGUAGUGCUGGUGGUGAUGCUGCUGCUGGAGGGGGUGCUGACGGUGCUGCUGCGGAUGGUGGUGCCCGCGCUCAUGUGGCGUGGGUGGCUGGAGAAUUACAGGCCUUGCAGCGACUGGCGCAGCAAGGGAGGGCGGAGUCUGGAAGUGCUGGAGCUAGUUCUGUGCAGCUGGGUGCGGUUGAGAGGGGCGAGAUCGCGGGAGAGAGAUCAGAACCAGGGGGAGGGGCGGAAGCAGGGGGUCGGGCAGAAGUUGGGGAGGUGGAGAAGGGUCGGGAAAGGGAGACAGAACAACUGCAGCUGCUGCUUCAGCUGCAGCAGCGACUGAAUGUGCUGACGAGUCAGCUAGCACGCCGAGUCAGCAUGCAUAUGCUCACCACCAACGAUACUCCUGGAACGCGGAACUUUACAGAGGAUCCUGUUAUUACGAUUGACCAGCCUGCGGGAAGCGGGGUACACUAUAGCGGGGAUAAAUGCAAUGGCAACGGGUUCUUCAUUGAUGGUUUCAAUGAGGAGAAAGGAGCGGACUGGGGGGAGAAAGAGGUUGUCAGCAAGGAGCAGAUUCUGGGGAAAUCGGUUGAGAGGAAGCAGAGGGUGAAGAAGCAGGGAGAUAAGACGCAUGAAGAGAAGAAACAUGAAGAGAAGAAGGUUGAAGAGAAGAAGCAUGAAGGGAAGAGAGGCACAGGGACGGAGAAGACGAUUGGGCGUAAGGGAGUGAAGGCUGGACAGAAGGAGGGGAAUACGAGCAGGAAAAGUAAGGAGGGAAAACGAGGCAAAGUGAAAGACAGUGAAGCGGCAGCUGUGGUUGCAGGGGAGUCUGUUGCGGUCACAGCAGGAGGAGAACCAGCAGCUUUUGCAGCUGAAGAGGCGGCAGAUGCUGUAUUGUCCGGCAGGGUGGAUGGGCUGAGUGGUAGUUUAGGUGAGCUGAAUGGUAGUUCAGAAGAGCUGAACCAGCGGGUAGGCGAGUUGAGUGGCCAAGGAGAGAGGCAGACGGGGCAAGAAGAUGGGCGGAGUAGGCAGGUGGCUGAGGUGAGUGAUCGAGCGGCUGAGCCGAGCGAACAGGCAUGCGAGCUGAAUGCGCUGGAAGGAGGGUGGACUCGGCAGGUUGAUGGGGCUGGCAGUGGGGAGUCUGAGGUGACUUUUGAGUCGACUCAAAAGUCACCUCGUUACAAUGGGGCGGGCAAUGGGGAGUCUGAGCGCUGGGGAACGCAGCAGCCGCUGGGGCGGGUAGAGAGGGGUUCGCCUGGAUGUGAUGAUGUGGUGAGAGCUGCAAGCGCGGGGUCGGUUCAGAAUGGAUAUUCAGACGUAGAUGAGCGAGAACAGAGAGGUGGAGGGAAGGGCGUGGAUGGAGGCAGAGAGAGAGGGAGAUGCAAGGAGGGAGGUGGAGAGAGAGAGGGGGGCAGGGAUUGGGAUGUGAAUGGAGGCAGAGAAGAAGUUGCUUGCAGUGACACAGAGCAGGGGCCUGGAAUCGAAGGUGAUUGCAACAGGGAGUUACUGAAUGGUUGGGCUGCUGAUGAGACGGGUCUGGGUGCUGCUGAGGGUGUGGGGGGCGGUGGUGGUGGAGUAGCUAGGGCAGAAGCGACGCAUGCAAAGGCAAAGGCAGAGGGAGCAGCAGAAGGUGCUGACACCGAAGCAGCAGAAAAUGCAGUGGGGCGAGCAGCAGACGUUGCUGCGGACGCUGCAGCAGAUGGUGCGGCAGUCAGAGAAGCAGAUGGUGCAGCAGAUGGUGUGGCAGUCAGAGAAGUGAUUGUAUCACUGGGGAGAAAGGCAACAGAGGCAGAGCAGCAGACAAUGGGGGCAGACACGGUUGUGGUGGCUGGUGCAGGAGGGGCAGACAUGGGUGGAGACAGCACAGCAGAUGAAUCCACAGCAGGUGCAGAAGAAACAGGAGCAGGCAGUGUUGCAGGAGCGGAAGCAGCGGCACAAUCAGAUGCAGACUCAGAGGGAGAAGCAGAGGCAGGUGACGAAGCGGAGACUGCAAGUGGUGCGCCAUGUUCCCCUUCCCCCUCUCGGCAACGAGCAGCCACUGGGAGCUUCCGUGACUUCCUGGACUCUCCACCUGCACACGGGGCAGCAGCGCCAGGCGGGUCAGGAGGGCCAGCAGGGGCAGCAGGGGCAGCGGGGGCAGGAGAGUCUCAGUGCGGGGGCCAUGGCCCUGACGUGGAGUCUCCAGAGAGGCAGGGCUCUCUGGACUUUGCAGCUGCGAGUGUGCAAGGAGGGGAUGCGAGUGGAGGAAAGCCGGAAGGGAAGAGCAUCAGUCGAGUGGAAGAAAAUCAGGGAACUGAGGGAGGAGAAAGUGGUGGGUUCAAGCCUGCUUCUGCCCACUCCCCUGCUUCCGCCUUCUCUCCUGCUUCUGCCCGCUCUCCUGCUUCUGGCCGUUCCCCUGCUCCCGCCCUCUCGCCUGCGUUUCCUCGUUCUGAGACUGUCCCAGCGCCCUCCUUCCACGGGGAGGAAAGGACGCCCAGAGGCCGGAACCACACCAAGCACUCCUCUGCUGCAGGCGACCUAUCAACCAGCAACACUGCAGCAGGAGCAGCAGCAGGAGCAGCAGGAGCAGGAGCAGGGGCAGCAGGAGCGGCAGGUGGCAUCGCAGUGAGAGACCUCUCCUCGCGCCCCUGUGACCUCUCAGUGGCUCUGCUUCGCACUGUGGCCUCCGUAUACAUGAGGCACGGCACACACAUGCCCCUCCCCCCCGCCUUCUGGGACGAGAGGGGUGUGAACGUCUCAGGCCUGCACCAGGGGCACAGGUCUCGCGCCUCUGCCUUAGAUGGCGCACAGGACUCUGGCAGCGCUCCCCCUCCUGCCUCUUCUAAUGCUACUGGCGCUAAUAAUACCGGUGGACCUGCUGGUGAUGCGGCUGGGUCGGAGGAUGCGGUGAGGGCUCCUAACAGCGGCAGCACGUCAGAAGGAGAAGAGGCGUUCAGCCCUGACCAACCCCCAGGUUGCAUGGCCCUCCCGGACUCUACAGCGGCCAAACCUCAGCACUGGGAGAUAAGUGCUGAGGGGGAGCAGGGGAAUCCCCAGGAGAAAGCUCAGGAGAAAGCCCUGCAGGCGGCCAGUCCGAAGCUGUUUCGACAGGCGUCGGAGCAGGGAGGGGAGAGGAGAAGCAGCUGGAGGCGAAGCCUAGGGGGGCUAGGAGGUCUGGGAGGGAGCUUGGGGGGAUUGAGUGGAGGGCUGGGGGUUAUGGCAGAUAUGGCUGCCGCCUUCCCUCGCCAGGGCUCCGUGAACAGUGCUCUCAGUGCCAGACGCAGUCAACAAAUGCCGCCCGGGCCAGGCUCAGGGCUGAACGGAUCAGUUUCGGGGUUUGGAGGGGAUGUGGCAGGGAGGAGCGGGAGCAUGCAGGGGAGCAGGCUUGUGAAGAGCAGUAGCAGGAGCAGCGGUGUCAGCGGCAGCAGGCGGGGAGGAAGAGGAAGCGGAGGGGGAGUAGGUGGGGGCGGGGGCGGGGGUGGGGGAGAGGACGUGGCACGUAUUCUUGACCCGAGGUCUCUUGAGCUGCUGGCGAUUUCAGUUAAGAACGAGAAUCCUUGGGACGUGGUUGCUGCUGCUUUCUCUGCCAGCGAGUCUACAUCGACCUCUGUGUCCUCCUCCCUCUCGCCUCGCCUGCCCCCCUCAUCGACCACCUCUUCCUCCUCCUCUUCUUCCGCCUGGUCCUCUCUUGCCCUCCCCCUCCCCCUCCCUCACUCCCGACCCCCUCACAAGUCGUCCCUGGGAAGGAAGCCGAGAGGGGAUGGUGAUGGGGCAGCGGGGGAGGGAGGGGGGGAGCAAGACGGGGCAGGAGGGGCAGGAGGGGCAGGAGGGAGGGGAAAGGCAGGAGCGAGAGAAGGAACCAGGGCAAGAGGGCAACAGGAUGAUCCAAAGGGGUCGAAUCUCUCCUCUCCUCAUCUUAGAACCACCGCCAAUGCUAGGUUUCCCCUGUCAAUGUCCCUGGGCUCUCACAAUCACAAUGCAGAUGCUGCAAGGGAGGGCGUACGGAGUGGGCUGCUGAGGCUGUUCCAGGGAGGAACGCGAGGCAGGGAGAGGGGCCAAGAGGGGGCAGCAGGGGGCAAGGCGGAAGGCGGUGGAUGCGAGGGGGGGUUAGAUGAGGGCGGUCUGCAGUCUGGGGUAGAAUCCGUGCAUGAGUGUCUUUUAGCGGGUAAUUCCCCUGAAAUCAGCCCACGGCACCAGAAUCUCUGCAACCCCUCCUCUUCCACUGUGAGGCUACCACCCUCAACGCUACCCCCUGUAACGCCAUCCUCCCUGCAGCGCCCUCCUGCAGUGACCCCUCUGGAUACUGCAUCGCUGCUUUCUGACUCUGACUCCCUCUCCCCCCUCGCCUCCCCGUUCGCUCCCUCUGGCGAUGCGGGUGAGGCGAAAGAAGGGGCGAGAUCAGUGAACAGUGCGGGUUUGGACUCGGACAGUUUGGGAGGCAACAGCGACAAUGGGAGUGGCGGUGGGAGUGGUGGCAAGAGGGACGGUGGGAAUAGCGGUGGGAGUGGUGUUGGUGGUGUGAAGGUUGUGAACGGAAGAAUGCUGAUUCCACAUUCUCAGUCCGCGUUAGAGACAUCCUCUUUUGCGUUUCAGGAGCACCAGAAGCAGCAGCAGAGACUGCUGGGGCAGCAGGGGCAGGGGGGGAAGGAACUAGGGAGAGGGCAGAUGAUGGUGCAGGGAGGGAGGGCUCCGUUGGUGGGUGCUACGGCAGGGCGAGGAGCAAGAUUGGGCAAUGGACGCGGCACUGCUGCUGCUGCUGAUAGUAGCGGCGGUGCUGCUGCUGUUGCUGGUGGUGGUGGGGGGGGCAGCAGUCUUGCUGGCACCAAUGCUGGGAGGGGAGGUGGAAGAGGAGGAGGCAGGAAGAUGCAGCGUGCACAGAGCAGCAGCGCUGCAGAGCUGAUUUCCAUCAGCAGCACCUGGAAACUCGCAGCAGCAGCACCUGACGGUGUCCCCGGCCGGUACCCGCCUCCCCUGCACCUCCCGCCGUUGCACCCGCCUUCAGCGCGCCUCUCCUCCUCUGUGCACCCCUCAACACCGGCCCCUGGUAACAUUCCCGGUAUGUCUGCUGGUGUGGGGCGCAUGGGAGGUGCGUACAGCAGGGGGUGGAGGGGCGGGGAAGGCUCUCAGCAGCCCAGCUUCGCUCAUGAACCCGGAAUCGCCUUUCCCCGCUCCCACACCUUCCAUUCUGGCCCUUCCCGCUCCCAGUCCUCCCAGUCCUCCCAACCCUCCCAGUCCUCCCAACCCUCCCAGCUCUCCCAGCCUUCCCAGCCCUCCCAGCCCUCGCAGCCCUCUCAUCCUGACCCCUCUUGUCCUCGGAAGUCCCAAUCUGGGCCCCUCUAUCCCAGAGCAUCCAAAAAGUAUCCCUCAGGUAGACAGCAUCCCUUGGCGCCACUAGCUUCAGGUGCCCCUUUGGCUCUCCACCCUCUCUACGAGUCCACACAGCACCAGCAGCAACAGCAGCAGCAGCAGCAGCAGUUAGCAACCGUUCCCACCAAGCCACUGGCCCUGGCCAACCCAACUACAGCCAACCCAGACAGCUCAAUCGCAGCCCACCCAGCCGGCUCAACCACAACUGACCCAGCCGGCUCAACCACAACUGACCCAGCCGGCUCAACCACAACUGACCCAGCCGGCUCAACCACAACUGACCCGGGCGGCUCAACCUUACCCAACCCUAUCCGCACGCGUCUUCUCCUCCCAAAAAGCCCCUCUGAAGGUGCUUAUUCUGGCCGCCCGCCCAAGAGCCCUACUCCCCAUGCCGCCUCCUGCCUCUCCCCCUCUGAAGGUGCUUACUCUGGCCGCCCGCCCAGGAGCCCUACUCCUCAUGCCACCUCCUGCCUCUCCCCAUCUGAACGUGUUCUUUCUUCUAACUCCCCCUCAGCUGCGUCCCCCUACUCCUUGCUGGGACCCAAGCGGGGAAAGGGAGGGCUGGGCGUGAAAGGGGGAGAGGGCGGGGAUGGUGCAGGCGGUGCUGAUGGUGAUGGAAAGGGGAGAGGAGCAGCAGUGAAGGGAGGUGGAGCAAUAGGAGGAGCAGGAGCAGGAGGAGCUGGAGUGGCAGGAGGAGCAGGAGGAGGAGGAGUAGGAGAAAACCAGCCUCCCCACCCUCCGAUCAACACUCGCCUCUCUCCCGCCACCACUGCUGCUGCAGCCGCCACCACCGCCGCAGCCCUUGCUGCUGCUGCCGCUGCUGCCGAAGCUGCCCCUCGGCCCCGGCGGCGAGCACUACGUGGAUCAGCUGCGGCUGGUAGACCGCACCCCUCUCUCACACACAGAGUGAUUCAAAUCGACUCAAAACACACCCACCCCUCUUCGUCCCUUCCCCCCCCAUACCCCCACCCACCAGGCACUACGCACUACGUGGAUCAGCUGCGGCUGGUAGACCCUGCCAGCCUUUCACACAUGGAGAGGCUCGUCUUUUGGAUCAACGUGUACAACGCCCUCUUGCUCUCGACAUACAUCACCAACGGCUGUCCCGACACUCACCUGCGCCGCAUUGCUCUGCUGCAGACCGCGUCAUACACCAUAGGGGGCCAUGCAGUCACAGCCACAGACAUCGAGUUUGCCAUUCUCAGAGCUCCAGCUGCCAGGCCCUCGCCUCUGGCCAAGGCACUAAACGCCACGCCCUUUCCGCCAGAUGACCCGAGGCAGCAGUGGGUGGUGGGGGAGGCGGAGCCGCUGGUGUCGUUUGCUCUCUCGCCGGGAUCCCUGAGUGCGCCUGUGCUGCGAGCCUACCUUCCACACUCCCUGCAAUCGCAGCUGGAGCAUGCCAGGGACCUCUACCUCGCCAGCUGCAUCGGCAUGACUGCUGACAACCGCCUGGAGCAUGCGAGAGACCUCUACCUCGCCAGCUGCAUCGGCAUGACUGCUGACAAGGCGUGUGCCUCCCCCGCCUCCUCAAGUGGUCAGAUGGUGAACGCACAGAAGGGAGUGCUGAUUGAAUGCGACAUUCCCAUGGCACAGUAUAUUAUCUUUCUUGACAGCAAAAGGGGAGGGGCCGAGAAGUUCAUUCUUCAGGUUCUAGACGACACUCAUCUGUUGAUUCUAGCGGAUGCAGCAGACAUGGUGCAGAAGAUGUGCCGUGAUUGGAUGGAUGCCAACACAGACACACAAGGGCGGGGCGCUGACGUCGUGGCGGUCCCAGACACGCACAAGGGUGAGGCGCUGACGUCAUGGCGGGUGGAUGACAGUGACAGCAGCUACCACUCACGCUACUUCCGCAUCCGCUUCGCCCGCCAGGACGUGGGACUGCGGGAGGUCGCCUGCUUCCACCUGCCCGUGCGCCAAAAGAGACCGUUCGACGAGCCUGUCUCUCUCCGCUUUGAGCUCCUCCACGCGCCCUUCACAGCGGGUCGGGGCAACGUGCCCCCUGACGACCUGGACCCAGUGGCGCGGCAGAUAGUGCGCAUUCCGGGCGGCAUGUGGCACCACGUGCACGAGUACACGCCCGUCACAUUCGACACCAUGCACUUCGCCCAGCUCGAUGUUACGGUGCAUGCCGCCAUGCUGCACUUCUCCAAGCCUCCUCUCCACUCUGCCCCUCGACCCAGGGUUGUGCGUCCAGUGAAACCCCCUCCUGCCACACUCCCUCCGCCGGCGGAUUUGCCUCCAAUUACCUUCUACACCACUGACAACUCCUCACAACCGCUCACCCAGCAGCCCGCCUCUACCACUACAUCUCAGGCUAACAGCGCCCCUGCUGCUACAUCCCAAAAUGACAGCACCACUGCAGCGACUGCUGCUGAUGCUCCCAGUGCUGGUGGUGGCGGCAGCUUGGGUGGUGCAGGCGGUGCAGACGGGGGUGCAGCUGCAGACGACACUGCUGUAGCUGCAGGUGCAGGGGCAGCAGCAGAUGCAGCAGGGGCAGGGAGUGUCGCAGCAACUGCAGCAGCAGCAGCAGCAGCAGCAGGGGCAGUGAGUGGCGCAGCAACAGCAGCAGGAGCAGCAGCAGGGGCAGGGGCAGGAGGCCAUGUGGAGGAGGGCAGCGAGGAGUUCCAUGAGGCGGAGGGUAGCUUUGGUGGGGCGCAGGGGGAGCAGGGUGGCGUGGUGGGUGGCGGCGUGGUGGCGGGUAAUGAUGUGGCAGACAAGUCGAGUCCAGAUGAGGUGCUAAAGAGCAUUCCCAUCGGAGGUGGGGAGGCUGCUGCUGGUGCAACCGGAGGGGGAACUGGAAUCACAGGUGGUGCGGGCAAUGAGAAGGAUGGAGAGGGGCCUUUGGCGGGCAAGGGAAGGAGCGGAGAGGAUUCUGGAGCAGUGGAGCAGGAGAAGAAUGGCAAGGCGAAGGUGAGUGUGUGUGAGUAA